AUGGACGUCCGGGAACGCGAAGAGCUUGCUACCAUCUUAGACAGCGUCGACACGCUUAAUGCCGCGCAGGUAGACGCCCCUAAAGUAUACAUGCCAAUGGUGGUUUGCGGCGAGCAGUCCUACGGCAAGAGCUCGACCCUAGGCAGGAUCGCCGGCGUGGCGUAUCCGACGUCCCAGAAGCUGUGUACCAGAUUCCCCGUCAAGACCAUCCUGAGACGUGGCGCGCAGCGGGCGGAAGUAUUAAUUCGACCUGAUCCACGCCGUCCGAAGGACGAGAGGGAGCGGCUGGAAAAGUUCUUCGUGUUAGACGUGAAUACCCACGACCUGGAUACGGUGUACGCGAGUGCGUAG